GUGGCGAUGUAUGUGUUGUGUGGUAGCUGCUACGAGCAGGGCUAGACAGGCAGUAUGGCGGAGGAGGGCAGUGUGUACGAGUUAGAGGGGCUAGAAAAACAACUGCAGACUUUGUUAAGCCGCUACUCAAGUGAUGAACUGCGGGCCGACGGUGGACCGUUCUGCUCGGACUUUUGCAAGUUGGUGGAGGAAUUUGCCUCUCGCUGGCAGGUGCCGCUGCCUCAGCUCAGGAUCCUUGAGAUAGCUCUCCGCUAUUUCGCUCGAGCCUCAAUCUUCUGCACAUCAAACUGUGAUCAUGUGCUCCACACUCUCAGUAGCCUGGCUUUGAGUGUUUUUGAGUUGCUGCUGUUCUUUGACCAGAAGGACUUCCAUCAGGAGCCUCUGAAACACUUCACUGUUACAUUCCAGGAAUGUCAUUCGGCCCUCGCAAAGCAUCAGAAUGUUCACUUACUUCAGGUGGAGAGUUUGGUUCGGGGCGGCGGGCCUUGGGCCAAUCCAGCCUUACAGGCAAUCCUCAGUGAGUCCAGUUUACCUCAGAAUGAAGUGGACGGGUGCAUCGGCUCUGAGCUGCCGGUGUUCUUCGAGCUUCGCGUGCGCUACCUUUUAUCCUGCGAGCGCAUCAGUGAGGCCGUGGCCUUGGCUCAGUGUUGUGCUCGGCAUCCCGCAGCAGGACAACACUCGUUCUUCCUCCAGGUCUACCUCACAUGGCUUCACAAAACUUCACAGCACGACCGCCUAGUUAAAGAGGUGGCUGACCUCAGUGGUAAAGAUGCAGUGCACCUCAUCUGUAGCUUGGAGUGUGAGGAAAAGGAUGAGCUGCUUUUAGCCCUCAGCACAACCUUCCUGUCACAGCAGCUCCACAGGGGAGACAUGUACUAUUUGUGCGAGCUCGUCUUUGUGUGGACGAAACUUCACAGUCGGCUAAAGACGUCGAAGCAAACUCUGCUCAAAGAGAGUCAUCAGCUGAUGCUGUCUGCCGCUAACGUCAACUCAAUCUUCCCGUUCAUCAGAGCCAUACUUCAAGAGGUGGGUGAGGAUGCUAUCCAGUUCUGUGUGGAGCUCUGUGCGAACGCCCUGGACUCUCGUCUUCCCUGCGAUGCUCUCACCAAGUCCCUCAUCUACAAAACCAUCGCCGGCCUGCUCCCCAACGAUCUGGAGGUUUGCCGGGCGUGCGCCCUCCUCGUCUUUUUCCUGGAGCGAUCUGUCGAAUCCUACAAAGUCGUGUACCUUCUCUACAUGCAUCCCGAUCAGGAGUACCACGUGGACCACAGCCCCAUCGGAAAUAAUGUUCGCUUUGAAACCCUUCAGAUCUUGAAGAAGGAUCUCUACUUUGACCCAGAGUUCUGGAACCUCAUUGCUUUGCGGACCAACUGUGUGAAGCUGAUGAGCGAGAAGGUGGUCAGUGCUGCCCUGGAAGAAAUCAUGGAGGACAAAUGGAUCUCCAGCUACUUCGCCAAAGAGCCUGCACUCCGGUCAAGAGCGUCAGCCUGUCAGAAAAGAAGUAAAAGUGCACUUCAGGCUAAGAAGCGGCAUGGCAAGGAGGACACUGACGCUGCAGCCAAAAGACUAAAGGUGGGCUCUGGGAAGAAGAAAGGUUCACGGCCGUUGAAGGAUGCAUCUUCGGGACCUUUGAGGCGCUCGUUUUGGCAGCUGGACAGGCUACAGGACAACGGAGAACACAGGCGGACUACACGGCUCUCGGAGAAGAAUCCUCCAAAACGGAGGAUUAGAAGACCCAAGUGGCUCCUGGAGGACUCAGGAACUCUUGAGGAGAACAACGGUCCUCUGAGGAUCAAAAAGCAUGGGUUGAAACACGAAAAGCACCAUCAGUCGUCUGUCAUGAGGAGAUCUGAAGCUGGUCAGAUCAAGAACAAACCUUCAGUGAACUCUCAUUUGAAGGCAAAAGAAAACAACAACAAGCACCACAAAGAGUUUGCCUCGGACUGUAGUAGACCAUCGGCCUCUCCACAAGUAGUCCUAGAGCUCUCCCUGCCAGACAAUGAACUGUUGGGUACGUUUACUGAGGACGCUUGCAACAGACACAGAGGGUUUCCUCAGGUGCUUCUUUACAAACCUACGGUAAAGAUUCCUGCCACGUCACAACACGUAAAACCUGUACAUCGCAAAGAGGUGGUUCUGCGAGCGCGGGAUGCAGCCAUGUUUGUGCAACAGUUGCAUUGUUACGCACGGAGGCAAAAAGGAAAAGGCAACGGGCUGAACGUUCAAGGCUCGGUUUCAACAAUCACACGGUCGUCCGUGCAGGGAAGCCCUCCGAAAGAUCCGCCGAGAGAGGAGGUGAAAGGUGGAAUUGUCCUUCGGGCAACAGCAGCCAGAGAUGCAGAAUCCCCAGUUUUAGAUAAAGUCAUUGAAGCUCAAAGUACAAAAGUAGUCACACGAAAGACAUCGUCAGCAAGAGAGCUCCCUGAAAAGUCUGCCGUCGAGAUGAAAGUGACUGUUGCUUCUCAGAGGUCACCAUCAACAAAACUGACAAAGUCCCCAGUUUUAAAUAAACCCCCUCAAAGCACAAAAGUUAACGCAGGGUCCGAAGAAGUCCCAAACGGAGACCAAAUUCUUCAAUCUCAAACUGUUGCUUCAGCAGGAGAGCAAUGUGAAGAGCCUGCCGUUGAGAUGAAAGUCACCAUUGCCUCACAAUCCCCAGUUUUAGACAAGGUCUCGAAAGCUUCAUCCGUAGAAGACGUUGCAAAAGCUGAUGCUUCACAAACCUCAACCGCAGACAAGAGUCAGAAGAAAGUUACAGACAAAAUCCCUCCAAUCUCCAAUAAAGCCAAUGUUUCAACGUCUGGAGCUCCAGAUCCUGCAGUCUCAGGGUCUCCAGAGGUUGUGCUUAGAGGAGUGGAGCAGGUUAUCUCUGAAAUGGACGUCACAACCUCAGAGGGACACGUGCCUUGUAAAAACGACACAAGCCCGAGAAGAAAUCUGAGUAAGAGGUUGGAAACGGAGGCUCCCUAUACGUCUGUAGAUCAGGACAGUAUGAAGGACAUAUCAGCUCUGACAUUAGUAACAGAAAUGGUCACUGGACUCGCACCUGAACAACUUGCUCGAGACCUGGAGAACGACAAACAGCGAGCUCCGGGCAGCAGUGCCUCCAAAGACUCAAGAGUUCGAAGUAAACCUAAAGCUCCUCAUAGAACACGGACUACCUCCGGCUGCUCUGUACAAGAACGGGAGGCGGCUGAUGUGCAAGGGACAGAGAGAAAUCUGGAGAUUGAUCCAGAUGCAGCUGAGAACAGCGAGCUCAUGGAAACGCAACCAGAAUCGGAGGAAUCCAGGUUGGAGUACUGUUGCACCUUCUGCAACAAGGUCUUCAAGGGGAGCCGUGUCGUAGCACAUGCAAUGUUCCAUUACCGUAAAGACGAGUGCAUGUUCUGUGGGACAAUGUUCAAAGACGACCUCCUUGCCAUGAUGCACCUGUCUGAUCAUAUAGAGAAGCUAAAGCGGAGCAAAGAGUUCGCAGGUAACCAAGCCCAAGAGAACGGGAUCUCUGACGCCAAAGAUAUCUCCACACCUAAAACCUCUGCCAAAGCUAAGACCACAAACAUGUCUUCUGGGUGUCGGAGUCGGGGGAGACCGAGGAAAUCCGAUGUCUGUCCGAAUUCAGUCACCCUGCCGGAUCCGAGUCUGUCUGAAUCCAGGAAAUUAAGAUCUAAUGACAAACCAGCAGAGGGACCAUCUUUGCAAGAAACACAAAACGGGUCAAAGCACCUUCAUAGUAAAACUGCUGUUCACAAGGUAAAUGGGCACAUAGGCAAAAAGAGAGAAUUGGACAGAUCGAGGAAGACCUUGCAGCAGGAGGUUUCUCAAGGAAAAAUGACUGAUGGAGCUGUGAAUCCCAGGUUGCAAGAAGACACAGAUUCAUCUGCAACAUCUGUUCAGGUCGGCAAAAUGUUUGCCUCUUCCACAGAAGAACAAAUGAAGGAGACUGAAUCUCUGCAGGUCCUGAAGGCCGCCACAAAACAAAACGGGAAAGUUGCUGAAGAGAAGAACGUGGAACCACAAGAGAAGGUUAGCUGUCCUGCAGAUGGAUGUUCUUGGUUUACGGACCUGUCUAAGAACCGCGUCGCCCUCCUGUACCACGCCCUCGAAGAUCACUACGGCGAUGUCAAACCUCUGAAGCUGGCGUUUCGUGUUGGAAACAGGACAUGCAGUGUUUGCAUGAGGGUUCUGUGGAGUUUUGAACAUUUUCAGCAUCACGUUGAACGACACAGACUCGCUCCGCGGCAUCCUUGCCCUCAUCAGGGCUGCACUGCCAGGUUCAAAAGCGGCAUGGAAAUGAGACGCCACGCCAGGAAGCACAGUCCACUGCAGGCGGUGUGCUGUCUCCCUGGAUGCUCUCAACUAUUUAUUUGUCUUUGGGCACUGAACCUUCAUGAAAGAGAGCACUAUGCUUCCAAAUCUACUAAACCAGACACAAACAGCAAUGUGAAAACGAGCGACAAACAUACUGCCACACCAACUGGGAAGAAACAGCAUCAGAGUUCAAAAGGUACUCCCACUGCUGCAAAUAAGACUGAGAGCAUAAAAGCAACUUGGAGGUUAAGAGAACAGACGACACACGACUCGCAAGGAGGAAAACGUCCAAAGGCUUCUCCUCCCUCCACUGGCACAGCAUCUUUGAUAAAACAGGAAUUAAAAGAGAAAAAUAAGAGCAAGGACUCAAAUGUGUUGAAGAAUCUUUCCAACAAGGACACCUCUGCAAAGCCUGUCGGUCCUAAUCUCAGAUUAAGGCAAACUUCAAGAAAAGACCAGGUAACAAAUACAACUCUACCACCUCCCAAAAUUCACAAAGUCAUCUCAUCAUCACUGUUAAAACACAGCGGCAAACUGAGGCAGAAGUUAAAGAAGAAUCAGGUCAACACGAAAGGUCUGAAAAGAAGAGGGCGCCCUCCCAAAUCAAAGAAAGCAGUGGAUGACGAAAACACUACGGAGACUGUUGAGGAAAAAGCUUCUCUGCAGAAGAAUCAGAACCAGCCUUCUGCCACUGAAACAGAUGAAGCUGCAACAGCAAGUAAGAGGUUAAAAGUGGAAGAAGAACAGAGCCGGCCGGUCCAGGAAGUCGCCAAAACUACAACAGAUAAAUCAAAGUCCAAGAACGCAGCCAGCAAGCAGAUGAAGAGGAAUCAUGUUAAACAAAAAGGGAUUAACACUCCAUCGAACAGUUUAAAACAAUCCAACUCAGAGCUCAAAUCACGCAAGUUAAAUGCUGUUAAAAUAAGGAAAUGGCAAAAAAUCGAAACCCGUUCCGCACCUUCAGACUCCAGCAAAUCCCAGAAGCACACGACGGCGAACGGGAAAGUCAGCAAAAAGACCACCAAGAAAAGUCAUCCGAAGCAAGAAGCAGACGUCCCACCAGCCUCGAAUCAACCUGCCGCUGCUCAACAAGUUGAGGCCAAAGCAGAAGCGGUGGAAAGUUCUCCUGACGGCGAAGAAAAAGUCAAGGUAGAACACACAGACUCAACACUAAACAACUCUGGUAGCUCUGAGCUUUCUGUCCAGGCCAACGGCUCGAAUGUUCCAGCUGCCGACGCCACCGCCGCAGACAAACUGCACAAAGUGAAAAAAGAGGAAAGGCCCAAGAAAUUGCACAUCACAGAAAAAGGGAAGACUGCUUCUUCAAACUCAGGCAAGGCAAUUAAGAAGCAUAAAGACGCUCAUAAAAAGGGGGACAAACAGUCUGUCAAGGAAAAGCGGCCGUGCAAAGAUGAAGGCAAAGCGUCUGGGUCAAAAAAGAGGGAAAAGUGUGACGUCCAGCGACAGAGCGAGGCCAAAGCAGCAGCAGCAUCAGUAGAGAACAUUCCUAAUGAGGAUGGAAAAGAAGAAAAGGAAGCUUCAGGCAGCCCUGGUCCCUCCAUUCCUGCUGUCACUGAUACCGUCAGUGAUGAGACUUGUCCACUCGCUAACCCUGAAGGGAAGAAGGUAGUGAAGAAGGAAAAAACCAAGAAUGCCACGAAGAAGACAGACCAGAGCAAAGUGACGAAGAAACGUAAGGAUGUUCAUAAAGACGAUGGCGCGAAGGUUGUCAAGAAACGAUGCAGAGAUGGGAGUGUUCCAUCAGCAUCUAAGAAACCUGAAGUCCAGCCGCUCGCUGAGGCUAAAGCAGGGGUAGGAGAGAGCUCUGAGGGGGUAAAGACUCCACCAACUGCAGUUAGCGGCCCCGGUUACUCUCUAAUCGUGAACGGACAGGCCUCAAGUGAGGACGGGAAGCGCACGGUGCGUGAAGCUCUUGCACAGUACAGUAAGAAGCCAUACAUGCGACUGCCGCCGACAGCGUACCUGGACGAGAAGUACAUCACCAUGCCAAAACGGCGGAAGGAGAUGCUGUUUUUCCAGCAGAGGAGCGCCGCCCCCGAACAGGCCUGCACGACGGCGGCGGCUCUGCAGCGACAGCGAUGUGCCAACUGUUUCGCUUCCUUCAGCAGCGCCGAGGAGCUGCAGGGUCACCUCCAGCUGCAGAAGUGCUCGAACCUCUUCGGAUUCGACUCUGACGACGAGGGCAACAGUUGAACAUGUUAACUUAAGUCAAAGUGAACUGAGGUUUUGAAUACAUGACAGACUGACCCGUGGACCCGCAUGGAGCCCGUGGAUGCAUCGUACCUCGACGGAUCACUGCCCCUCUCGAUCACACGUCCGUCACUCUGGGCAAAAAAAUAAAAAUAAAAAAAGACCGAAAACUUAAAGGGUACCAGACUUUUUGCUGCUGCAAAGCGACGGCCCGUGGAGCGGCCAGAACACAAGAACAUGAUAGCCAAUCAGCAGUCAGACUACUGAACUGAACCCCGGUCAGAUUGUUGGAACGGACAGCUCGUACUGAAGUGCCUGCUCUGGAACCUCCGUGCUGUUUUCCAGCUGCUUCGCCUGGUUUGGAGAUGGAGCGUCGUGGCUUAAAGACUGGACUCUCGAAAGCUGUGAAAAAAAAACAAACUAACGCAAGAUUACAAGGCUGCUCCUGCUCUCACUAGGAUACAUAAUUUUUCACGUCAGUAAGCCAUAAAAAUGACAUUGUUUGCUUUUUGCACUGUUCUCAUAAGAUUUUUCUGUUCAUUUUUUUUCUCUCCUUAAACUCAAGCGGUGGGGAUGUAUGAUGGAAGUUCAUGCUAUUUUAACAUCCUGAGGUUAAAGACAUAAUUUAGACUGAGUCUAAAGUUGUAAGUUCGCUGUAUCACAGUCUUCUCUGAGAAGUUUUUAAUGUAUAAUUCUUGUUUAAAUACUAAUGGUAUUUCUUUUAAAAGGUUCCCUAUGGGGCUCAGUAGGCCUGUGCUGCUUGUCCUCACCUUGAGUCACCAGUAGGGGUCAGUGUGCACCCAUCUUUAAUUUCCUGCUUCCAGAACGUAAUAUUUUCUCUUUUCUUUUUUUUUUUUUGGAAGCUUUUCUGAAUACAAAGCUGCUCCGCUGCAUUUACUCAAGAAAUGGCGUCACUUCCACACACAUCUGGCCAGCUGUAGUUCAUUUAGCAAUAACAGCUGCAACCCGCAUCAUGUGCCAGCGUCGAGUUAAUUUAUCGCUGGGAUCCAUCUUUGAAUCAUUUUCUGUUUAUUUGUCGCCGUCGGAGGAGCAGCAGACAUUCUGGCUUAUUUUAUAUAUUCUCACUUACACGUAUUUUUAUUUUUUUUUUGAAUCUUUACUUAACUGUUCCAAAUGAUGGAAAUAUUGUGAUUUAUCUUCUAGAAAGUUUCAGGAUUCCUUCAGAGAAAGUGUUACUGGGAGGCCGCACCAGUCUAUCAUGAGCAGCAGCAGGUUCUAUUUAUUUAUGUUUUAUUUUCUAUCUUUUGUAAAUAUUUGAAGAGUUUCAAUGGCUUAUUCUAUAAGGGGGAUGUCGGAGCUGGGUUUAUAUUUUGUUCUUGAAGAAAAAAAUAAAACUUAUUUCAAAUGGCG